GUUUUAAAAAAUGUACAAAGUCAGGAUUUGCCUGUAAAUUCGAUGGUUAGUAGACCAAUUGUACAAGUGCAUGAGGGCAAAGUGCGAGGUAUUGAAGAGAAGAAUGUCAAUGGCAAUAAUUAUUUCGCGUUCCGAGGUAUUCCGUACGCGAAAUCACCAAUUGGGGAGCUGAGAUUCAAGGAUCCAGAACCAGUGGAAGAAUGGCCUGGUGAGAGAGAAGCGAAGGAUUUUGGUAACAUUUGUCCGAGCUAUGGGUUCACUAAAAUGGUAAUGGGAAAUGAAGAUUGUCUUUAUUUGAAUGUCUAUACAACGGAACUGAAUCCUGAUGAAAAACGAGCUGUUAUGGUCUGGAUUCACGGGGGCGCUUUUGUGUUCGGAUCUGGAAACGAUGAUACGUAUGGUCCAGAUUAUCUUGUAGAGAAAGAUGUCGUGGUAGUUACGAUAAACUACCGACUUGGAGUAUUCGGGUUUCUUAAUUUGGACGACGAAGAGGCGCCAGGUAAUCAGGGAUUGAAAGAUCAGGUCAUGGCUCUGAAAUGGGUACAGCAGAAUAUUGAUAAAUUUGGUGGUGACCCGAAUCGUGUUACUAUUUUUGGUGAAAGCGCUGGAUCUGCUUCUGUUCAUUAUUUGACUCUUUCUCCUCUUGCUCAAGGGUUGUUCCAUAGAGCGAUUUUACAAAGCGGUGUUGCUACUAACCCGUGGGCAAGUGUGUCGACACCUAUGAAAGAAGAAGCCGAAAAAAUAGCCGGGAAAUUGGGGAAUAAAAUUUCAGAUACGAAACAGCUUAUGGAAUAUUUUAAGACCGUUGAUACAAAGAGCUUACUUGAGGCGGAAGAGUCUUUUAUAUCUUGGAAGAAUUUUUAUGAAGUCAAAUUUCCGUUUGUGCCAUCAGUAGAUUCAAAAUCUCAAGAUCCAUUUCUCAGUAUUCCGGUACAAGAAGCUGCUAAAUCUGGUAUCAAAGUACCUCACAUUAUUGGCCACACAAGCCACGAAGGAAUUAUAUUUAUCGCAGGUUUACAGGACGAUAAUUACGCGGAAAUAGAAGCCGAUGACAAGUUAGUACUUCACCCAAAUCAAAUAAAAUUUUUGCAACAUUUGAAUAUUUCCGUUGGGGAUGUCAAGAAAUUUUUCAUGGGGGACAAAGAAGUGAGACGUGACAACGAUAAACAGUUCGUGGAUUUAGUUAGCGCGGGACUUUUUUUGAUAAAUAUCCACGACACAGUGGAAAUUCAAUCUUCAAUUCCGGAUGUACCGACAUACUUUUAUAAAUUUGAUCAUAGCUCAGGAAAUAUUUCAGCGGUGAAAAAAAUGUUCAAGACCGAUUUAGAAGGAACUUCUCAUGCCGACGAUUUAUCAUAUUUAUUCCUGGCAAAAAGUGCAGAAAAACUCGGAAUCAAACCACCAGUUUCGGGAUCUACUGAUUACAUUGUAAAAGAAAGAUUCCUUGAAUUAUGGACUAAUUUCGCUAAAACUGGAAAUCCAAAUUCGGGAGUUUCGGAACUGGUUCCUAUUGAAUGGCAACCGGUGGAUAGUUCUACAGAAUACAACUGUCUAAAAAUUUCAAAAGAUCUCAGUUUGAUCAAAGAAUCAAACAUUUUACAGAAAAUAUCAAAAAGUACUCAUAAAGAAAAUUUAUACUCUCUGUUGGAAGCUGUGAGAUCGCAGAUUGCUAGUAAUCUUAGAAAAAAUUGUUGCGCGAUGAAGUCUCAUUUAAAAAUUUUGAAUUGCUUAUUAUUAGUAAGUGUCAUUACAAAAUCAGUGCUGUCAAGUAAGUCUGUAGAUUCCGAAACAAAGAGACCUAUUGUACAAGUUCAAGGUGGAAAAUUGCAAGGUAUUGAAGAAAAAACUGUAAAUGGAAAGAAUUUCUACGCAUUUCGAGGUAUUCCGUUCGCUAAACCACCAAUUGAAGAUUUGAGAUUCAAGGACCCAGAACCAGUGGAAGCAUGGUCUGAUGUCAAGGAUGCCAAAGAAUAUGGUGACAAAUGUGUGCAGAGAGAUAUUUUAACGCAACAAGUGAUCGGAAAUGAAGACUGUCUUUAUUUGAACGUCUAUACAACGGAGUUGAAACCUGAUGUACCACGAGCUGUUAUAGUGUCGAUUUAUGGCGGCGCCUUUAUUAUUGGCUCUGGAAAUGAUGACGUAUAUGGUCCGGAUUAUCUUAUUGAGAAAGACGUUAUUUUGGUCACGAUGAACUACCGUCUGGGAAUAUUAGGUUUUCUUAAUUUGGACGAUGAAGAGGCUUCAGGUAACCAGGGGUUAAAAGAUCAGCUGAUGGCUCUGAAAUGGGUACAGCAGAAUAUUGAUAAAUUUGGUGGGGAUCCAAAUAAUGUUACGAUUGCUGGUGAAAGUGCUGGAAGUGCUUCCGUUCAUUAUUUGACUUUAUCUCCUCUAGCUCAAGGAUUAUUUCAUAAAGCUAUUUUGCAAAGCGGAGUUGCAACGAAUCCAUGGGCAAGUGUAUCAGCAGAGUCUAUGAUCAGAGAAAGUGAAAAAAUAGCAGAAAAAUUGGGAAAUAAAGUUUUUGAUACGAAAAAAAUUAUUGAAUAUUUCAAAAGCGUCGAUGUUGAUAAAUUAGUCAGAGCGGCGCAGCCGCCUAAUGUGAUGUCGAAUUUCUAUGAGUUCAAACUUCCUUUCGCUCCGUCAAUGGACUCAAAAUCAAAAAAUCCUUUUUUGGGUAUUCCAGUACAAGAAGCUGCUAAAUCUGGUAUCAAAGUUCCACAUAUCAUCGGUUACACAAGUCACGAGGCCAUUAUAUUUUUGGCAGAUAUAAGAGACGACCAGUACUCCGAAAUAGAUGCUAAUCAAGACACAUUGUUUCUAUUCCCAAGUGAAAAAAAAUUUCUGCAAGACCAAAAUGUAUCUGUGAAAGACAUCAAUAAAUUUUUCAUGGGUUCAAAAAAAAUCGCAAGUGAAAAUGCUCAAACAAUUGUAGAUUUGCUAAGCGCAAGACUUUUUGUAAUAAAUAUCCACGAUACACUUGAAACUCAAUUGUCGGUAUCUGACAUACCAGCAUAUCUAUAUAAAUUUGAUUAUUACUCAAAAGAGACCUCGAUGAUGCAGAAAUUGUUCGCCACGAAUUUGGAAGGUACUUCGCAUGGUGAAGAUCUACAUUAUAUAUUUUUUCCAAAAUUGAUGAAACUAAUCGGAAUAGAGCCACCAGCACCUGGUACAACUGAACGUGAUAUCCAGGAAAGAUUCGUUGAACUAUGGACUAAUUUUGCAAAAACUGGAAAUCCAAAUUCAAAAGUAUCUGAGCUAAUUCCUGUUGUAUGGGAACCCGUGGACAAUUCAACUGAAUACAACUGUCUAAAAAUAUCAAAAGACCUCAGUCUUAUUAAUGAAUCGAACAUUUUACAUAAAAUAAGAAGUACUCAGAAUGAAAACUGAUAUUAUAUUUAGGGUUAAUUUGUAGUAUGUGUUUAUUAUGUUUUCUUCAAUAAAUGCUGUAUUAAAAGAUUUAUCUAUAA